GCCUUGUUGCCCAUGCUGGCAGCAUGAAGCUGUGUGCAAAACGCUUGUGGGCAACAUUGUUCUUGUGCUUGGCAAUGCGGACACGCAUUUCGCCAAGCGCCAGCAUCUAUUCUGGCAUCCUAGGUCCCUUGUUGGGCCCUGCGCUGCCCUUGGCUCCUGCGCUGCGCAAAGCGCCCCCGUCCGGGACCUCCGGCGGAGGGAGCUUGGUGCCAGAGCAUGCCGCGGAGCCGGCGGAAGAUCCCAAUGUGAAGCGUUUGUUGGAGAACGUGGAGACAUCCAGGAAUGAGGCUGCAAGCAAAGACUCCACCAGUUACGACCUGCUGGUGCUGGGUGCCGGUGUAGCUGGACUCAUCAGCUGCAUCGUGGGGAAGCAGCUGGGCCGUCGGGUGGCACUGAUCGAACCGCAUUACAUGGGUGGUGACUGCCUGAACACCGGCUGUGUCCCCUCCAAAGCCCUCAUUGCCGCGGCAAAGACUGCGGCAGCUGUGCCACCAGAGGAUGCCAAUGCAAACUUCCAGGCUGCCAUGGCCCGGCUGCGGCGCAUCCGCGCGGAGAUCUCCAAGCACGACUCAGUGCAGCGCUAUCGUGAGGAGGUGGGUGUGGACAUCAUCUCAGGCUAUGCCAAGUUCGCAGGGCCCAAUGAGGUCCUGCUGCAAGAUGGUCGGUCUUUCAAGUUUCGGAAGUGCAUCCUGGGCACUGGCGCUGCAGCACAAGUUCCUAAAGUCCUGGAGGGCAUUCCACACUUGACCAGUUCAAACCUUUGGAACCUACGCUCUUUGCCACCUAGGAUGGUGGUUCUUGGCGCAGGACCUAUCGGGCUUGAGUUGGCUCAAUCCUUCCAGCGCCUGGGCUGUGAAGUCACCGUGGUGAUCGGUUCCUCUGGGAAGAUCAUGGGAAAGGAGGAUGACGAAGCAGCAGAGCUUGUCAUGAACUCCCUCCGUUCCGAUGGGGUGCUGUUCGUUUGUGCCCAAGUUCUUCGAGUGGCCUGUAAGGCCAAAACGGACGACGAGUUGUAUGACAAGCAUCGUCUUCGAUACAGGCUUGAGCUGGGCAGCGCUGCCGGCGGCCCCGGCAUGGCCUUGGAGGCUGAGGCGCUGCUGAAUGCCACAGGGCGACGGCCGCGUACGGAGGAGCUGGACCUCGAAGCCGCAGGGAUCCAGUGUGAUGGUGCCCAACUCGAAGUCAACGAACUGUUGCAAACCAGCAACCACGACGUUUUUGCUGCGGGUGAUUGCUUGCCUGGACCAGAGCGCUUCACUCAUGCUGCUGAAUGGCAAGCACGCGUGGCUGUGCGCAAUGCCUUGUUAGACGAGCGCAUGGAUGCCAGGAGGCUGUUGAUCCCUCGGGCCACCUACACCGACCCUGAAGUUGCGUCGGUUGGAUGGUCUGCUGCCGAAUUGGAAGCUGCAGGCAAGGACUUCAGCAGCUUCGUGCGAGAGGCCGCUGAGGUGGACCGCAACCGCUGCGAUGGCGUGGACGAAGGCUAUGCGGCGCUCCGUGUGGCGCCCAACGGGGAGAUUCUGGGUGCGACCAUCGUGGGACCUGGUGCUGGCGAUCACAUUUCGGAGGUAACUCUGUGCAUGCAGCACGGCCUCAGCGCUGCAGAUUUGGCUGGAACAAUGCAUCCAUAUCCAACAUCUGCAGAGGUGGUGCGGCAAGCCGCCCAGGCUUUCGUGCGAAGUCAGAUCUUCAAAGAGCAGAACCAGGAGAUGUUGAAGACCACCAGUAAUCUCUGCGAGACGGUGAGAUCUGAUCUGAAAGAGAAAGGCCUUCACAUCAUUAGCCUCGACCGGCCUCAAAGUCUCAAUGCCUGUGAUCAAGUCAUGGCCAAGUGUAUCGCAGAAGCGGCUUCACGCCCAGCGAGGGCGGUACUUCUGCAAAGCACGCAGGCUGGAACUGAAGGGAAGGUCGCUUUUUGCGCAGGAGGCGACGUAAAAUCAGUGGCGCAAGCCGUCCGGGAAGAUCCAAGUUCCUGUUUCCCCAGACUGCAGUUGGCACAUGAAUACCUGGGUGUGGCUGCAUUGAGUCGGAAAAGAGAAGAUGGAGUUCCGGUGAUUUGCUUCAUGGACGGUAUUUGUAUGGGCUUCGGUUUGGGUUUGGCUUGUGCAGCCGAAUUCCGCCUGGUCACCGAGCGAUCUCUGCUGGCAAUGCCUGAGUGCGUCAUCGGCAUCACCCCAGAUGUUGGCUUUGCCGCAACUGCUGCUCUCAUGACGCCAGGGGUGGGGAAGUGCAUGUCCUUGACUGGUUGGCGUCUCACUGGCCGGGAGGCAUUGGCGUGCGGUUUGGCCACCCAUCUGAUAUCAUCAGACCAGCUGGUGGCCCUCCGAGACGAAUUGGAGGAAAUCGAUUGGUCCUCGGAGUCCUGCCGCGAAGAGUUGGUGAAGAUCUUGGACCGAUAUCAGGCAGAUGAGACUGGAGCGGAAUCUUCCUUGCAUCGGCCGGGCAUACAAAAGGUUCUGGAAAACGUGUUUGUCUCAACUUCAACAGCCAAAGAAGCUGUGGAGCGACUGCAGAACUAUGCUGGAGACGAUGACCCAGAGACUCAGCAGUGGAUCAAACAACGACUGGAAGGAUUCAGUCAAGGGUGUCCGUUGUGUCAAGAAGUCAUCGUCCGCCUCCUGGAAAUCGCCGAAUGGGCUGCGCAGAAGUCGCAGCAUCAGCGGCAUCAGCGGCUGACGGAUGCCUUAGAACGCGACUUCGCGGCUCUCUCACGCCUCGCCUUGGCACCUGACUUCGUUGAAGGCGUCCGGGCAGCGCUGAUCGACAAGGACAAGCAGCCGCGCUGGUCGGCGAAGCUGGGUGACGUGGAUCCUGCGGAGGUCUAUCGAUUGCUGGCGCCCUUGUCCGAGCGGGAGCAGAUUCGAUUUGCUUGAGAAAAGAA